UUUAAAGCCACCCGGCAGCUGGCAGCGCACGCACGCGCGCGCACGCUUCUCCGACUUUUUGAAAUUUCCCAUUUUUUUAAAAGAAAACUACCGAUUUUAUUCUUUUUUUUCAGCAUCGCACGGCACCGCCGCCUUUCCCCAUUGCCGCGGGAAUUAUUAAUUAAUUUCGCAAUUUUUUUGGGAGCGUCCUCGUUAAAGUCUCGUUCGCGCGAAUCUCGUCGAAGAGCUUUUUUUUUCAUUUUCACCCGCUAGCGAGUACAACAACAACAACAGCACAAAAAAAUUACCAACCAUCAACAAAACCAACUCUCGUCAAGGAACAAUGUACGGAGGCGAAACUCGCACCGUGGUACGACGGCCGUACAAGCUGAUCGCGGCUCUCUGUGCCUUCGGUGCGGCCGCGCUCGAGGCCGUGUCGCUCGGCUCGUCCGCCUGGGUCACCGCGGAGAAGUUCAGCCUCUCGCUGUGGCACUCGUGCCGCCAGCACACCUCGGCGUGGCUCUGCGUCUCCGCCCUCUCGCACGACUGGCUGGUAGCCACUCUCGCGCUGGUGCUGACCGCCAGCGUGCUCGCCCUGAUCUGCACCAUCUUGGGAUGCGUCUCGCUCUGCAGGAACUCGUCCCAACGACUCUACAAGCUGAUUGCCGCCCUGCUCUUCUUUGCUGCCGUCCUGCAGGUGUGUGCCCUGGUGCUCUACCCCAUCAAGUUCCUGGAGGCGCCCGCUCAGAGCAGCACCUACUACGAGUUCAACUGGGGCUACGGCGUCGCCUGGGGUGCCGUCAUCUUUAUGAUCGGGGCCGGUGUGCUCUACUGCAUCAACCCCAAGACGGAAGACCACGAUUACCCAUACUGAGCCGUGGGGGGGAGGGGGGCAGUGGCGGCGACGACGUGUGGGAACUGUUGACCUCGUCCACUAGUCGUCGGCGAGCCUCCAAAACAGAGCGAGGUCAGAGAGAGAGGAAGGGAGGGGGGGGGGGGCCUUUUGUCGCGAGGGGUUCAAAGUGUUAGCGCGUUUGAGCCCUCUCCUUGUGCGUGUCUGUGUGUGGGGGAGGGGGGGGAUAACUUUCGUUAAACGUGAUCCGAUGUGAAUUGAAGUGUUUUUUUUGUUAGUUAUGAAAGUCGCAUUGCCCUGAAGGGACUUGCCCCCCCCCCCCCACCGUCAAUGUCCUUGGUCCCGUUGUGCGAACGCGUUAACCCCCGAAACUGAAGGUCGCGUGCCGCUGCCCGUGCCGAGCGAGAGGCCUGCAGGCCGAGGGUGGCCACCUCGACAUGCUUGGGGGGGAGGGGGGGCAUGGCGGUUGACUUCCUCAUCAAAGGAGACAUGCGCCGGGCCUUUUAGCUCUGGUUUUUAACCUGCGGUGCACACUUCACGCGCGGCCCUGGGUUCGUCCGUGCGUGCGUGUAGUUCAACGGUCAGCACGCUGCACGGCGAACCCGGCGACCCGAGUUCGAUUCCCGCUCACGGCCAACACCCUGUGACGAUUAUCUGAGCCUGUUUCCGGCCCUCCCCUAGGUUGACUCGGCCUCAAAUUAGUUACCUGGUGCGUAGUGAACAUCGCCACUGGGGAGAUAAAGGUGGCCGGGUGUGGUACUGACCACCCCCCCCCCCAUCACCCUCGUAUACCGUUCCUCUCCCCCACUACUGGGCCAGUGGCGAUGAGCACGUGCUGACGUGCAUGCACACGCUCGGGCUCGCUCAUUUUACAAACGCAUUUGCAGUUCAAUUGACAAUGUACACAGUGGUCUGCGGGGCGAUCAGGUGACACUUGGCGCAAAUAUGAGCACGAUGAUGGUAACACUACAGGGAAGGAGGUGGGGGGGUUAGUUUUAUUAAGCAGAGGCGGAGAUAGCGGCGGCCGGGAUGAUACCAGAUGUGAACGUAGCGUUUCUACGGCUGAAUAAAGAUGCACGUUGGUUCCGUGAGCCCGGAGCAUAUAUCUCGCUUGUCCCCUAGCGCCCGUGGUGGCGUUCAUUCAGCGGUUUCAAUUUCCUUCACGUGGCCAACGACGCCGAAUUCUACGAUUUUGUCCACGGGUAAUUGAGUGGGGAUCCCGAAACCCGUUCGCGCGUAUUAAAUCCCACCUUGGGGGUAAGAGACACGGGAGACGGUCGGCCGACGGGCGGGGGGAGAAAGGACGGUGUCCAAUAAGCCUCGACUUGAAGCGAGUUUUAGAAGUAUUGGUGUGCGUGGUGUGUGUGGUGUGUGUGUGGGGAGCGGUAGUGUAGUGAAUAGCGCUCUACGCUACAAACCUGGCGACGCGGGUUCAUUUCCCACUCGCGGCCAACGCCCAGUGAUGAUUAUAAGAACCUGUUUCCGGGCCUCCCCUAGGUCGACUCGGCCUCAAAUCAGUACCUGGUGCGACGUGUAAACAUCGCCACUAGGAAGACAAAGGCGACCGGGCAUGGUGUUGGCCGCCCACCCCCUCGUGUGCCGUGCCGGCCUUCAUAGGUUGCUCGCUAACGGCACUUGCCCCUACAGUCUGUCGAGGCUAUACGGGGGAUCUUUGUCUUGGUGUGUGUGGUGUGUGGAUGGUGACGUGCAGGCAGAGAGCGGUGCCUCGCGGUAUGGAACGCGAGCGCCUGUGCUACGAUGCGUAUGUGUACGCGCGUGCGUUUGUGUGCGUGCGUUUGUGUGCGUGCGCGUGUGCGUGCGUGUGCGUGCGUGCGUGUGCCCGAGGCUCCGUUGGGGCACGUUAGGGGUAUAGCGCGUGCGUGCCCGUCGGUUGUAAUUGACGGGAACGUGGUGGGGGGGUGGAGGGGAAGGAGGGGGGUGGUGUUCGCGGGGUGCCCAUCUCAGCCCACGGCCGACGCUACGUUUUUGCGUUUUGUUCCCCCCCCCCAAUCCGCAUCUCCGAUUGGCUACGUACGGGGAGUUGUGUUGGGGGGGGGCGAAAGAAGGUCAACCGAGGUGCGUGCGCACGCUUAGCGCAGCGUCCAAGUUUCUCUCUCCGUGUUUUUUGCGGGUGGAGAUCUUGCAAGAGAUGUGAGUGAGCGAGACACCGACGGGCCCCCCCCCCCCCGUCUCUUAAAAGUCGGCACGUAUCUUUGCACCCUAAUUGAUGUGGAGAUUUCGCUUGGAGGAACGGUUACUUUUUGCGUGUAAUGAUAUUAAUAAUAAAGCACCUUUUGACGACGUAUUUGAGAGUUUGUAACGAGACGCCGGGAAUGUUGAGCCACGCUGCUCGGAGCUCGAAAUAAUUUUGUGGUCCCUUUCGUUUGUUAACAAAAUCAUCGUGGGUGUUUUCGCACCAACGACCUUGCUGAUGAUACUGGGAGUAAUUGAAACCUUGGGGGACUGUUUGUGAAAUCGGAUGUGUCGUGGCGUCUUUUCGUGACUUCAAAGAUGGCUCGAAACAUUCUGCGGUUACGUUUGGUUACUGGCAGGUUUUACAAGACAGGCAUGUUUAACAAAACAUUUUUUGACUCCCAAGAGUAAUUUGAACGUUGCGUCGGGUUCCGUUUAAAUCAAUAGUUAGGUGUAAUUUAUUAGAGGUAUUUUUUUUGUUAUUUUUUCCAACGUUUCUGCCUUCGGAGGAAUGUGUUUCUGUACAAAUUGGGGGGGGGGGGGGGUGGAGGUUAAGAUGGCACUGGUUUUAGAUGGUGGUGGUGCUGUGGUGGUUAUGGAAAACGUACGGAGCAGGUAUUUCAAACGUCGCCGACAAUAAGUGCACGCCUUUUUUAAUUAACGAGUUAACGGAGAGAGUGUGCGUGCAUGUGUUUUUAUUUGCCCGCCUAAUUUUGAUCUUAUUAAUGACCACGGCUUUCGCGCGCAGUCCCGAAAGCGAGAAGUGUUUUUUGUGACCCGUUACAAUUACGUGGAGGAAAAGUACCUUGGGGGGGAGAAAGGAAGGUGGUGGUGGUGGGUGGGGUAUGGUCAUGCCGGUCGGAAAUUCCUUUAAACGGAUAACAAUUGCAAUUGUUCAUAAUGGAGUUUUUUUUUGGGUUAGAUCGCGUCAAUUUUCGUUACUAGUGCAGCGCGCACCCAUUGUGUUGGAGAGUAAACCUACAACAUUUGCAGUGCUCGAGUUGCAAAUGUUGUCGUGGGUUGUGGGUUAAUUCCAACACACCGGUGGUCGUGACGCGUUGUUUACGUGACAUACAAACUUACUCACUGGCUUGUGGCGGCGGGUUUAACGACGCAUUUAUAUUUACGCGAUCUAACCCAAAAACCUGCGUGUUUAAAAUAACCAUUGGUACGGGGGUUUUGUGCCAAAUUCUGAAAGAUCUAGGGGGACAAAAGAAAAAAAAACCUACCGUACGCGGGAUAUCCUUUUUAAAAGUGUGUUGUUGUUUUUUUCUCCAAAGCCGGGACUUGUGGAGCGACUCUCCAAAACAACAAUAACAACAUCGGUGGGGGUCCCGGGGGGUCCCGGGGUGUCCCGUCUUUUGUGAAGCCAGCGUGUGCCAGGCCGUACAGCCCACACACUUGGGGGGGGGGGGGGGGGGGAGAGCGAUCUGGCAAUCACAAAUUAUAGCUCAACGAAGCGGCCUAUCGUGUGGACAUUUAUAGCAGCAAAAUACUCUAAACGCGUGAGGUUGAUUCUAAACGUGGAGGGGGAAAAACCGGAGGUCCCGGAGAAAAAUCCACACGGCCACGGGGAGAGAGAGAGACCGGCAAACUACAAAUAUACAGGCAUCAGGGUCGGGCUCGAACCCACGGACCUCCUGUAUAAUCAGGUGAGGUAGUUAACAUCUUGCCACUUUAUCGUCAUGCCCCCCGCCCCCUGGUUUGGUUUGGGCUGUCGUGUGAUUUCAUUCGAAACUUUUGAUAUUUCUGACAAGACACUCUGGAGACAACGAGCACAAAAAUUGUAAGUUUUUUUUAAUGAAUGCUCAUCGCACAUCAUUUUACAUGCGGCACAAAACCACGUUCAUCGAGUUAUUGCCGGCACGUUAUUGCCGGCACGGUGUUGCGACGUGACCAUUGGAUUGUGGCGCGUUUAAUUAACUCUUCUGUGACCGACGGCCAAGUGCGUUGUGUUGGCCUCGCAGGGUUGUGUAUAGUUUGCAACGGUUUGGGCCGAGUAAAAUGCCAUGAAAGCACAGCAAAUCGUUAAAAAGCACAAUUAAAAAAAUGCUGAACACAUCGGCAAAGCUACGGAAAACUGACAUUUCGAUUUAAGCAUCGUCACACCGUGAAAAUGUACACCGCUUUUAGUGGCGUGAAAAAUGUUACGGCCAUCCCCUUACCGUCGUGAACUAUUAACUUGAUCUUUAGUUAACAAGGAGACGCCUUGUGGCCCUUAACGUAGGCGUUCGCCAAACCUCGCCAGCCCGUUUUGGUGCCCCCCAGCUGCUAAAAAAAAAAUUACCUUUUGCCCAUUGGCGUGGCAGACGGCGUCGUCUGCCCGCGGAGGGAGGGAGGGGAGGGAGGGAAGGAUGAGGGCUGGGGGGGGCUGCAGCCGUGCGGUCAGUGUCGAAGCGUGAAUACUGCCAUUCGUCGUCGGCACGCGCAUCCGUUGAGCUGUAUCAACGAAGGAAUUUCGUCAAUAAUGGAGUUUUUUUUUGGGUUACGUGAUGUAACCCCUCCAAAACACCUGUAAUUACGGACGAUAUUGGUUGGGAAAGCCUGUGGUUUUAUAUGGAAUUUCGAGAGAUGAAACGCUGCAGAGGGUUUAGUGGAGAUUUCUGCGUGCUCGGAAUUGCAUUGAUAGAAAACGUGGCUAGAUCGGAGAGGAGCGUGGGUGGCUUUCUACACAUUCUAUGGGGGGGGAGGGGGGUUGUUCGUUCCCCUCUCCUUCCCGCCCCCCCCCCCCCCCCAAUGUCGGCACGAAAUUUGCCGCGACAGGAUUGUGGACGACGGUGAUGAGUACGCGAUGUGACGUUUUGUCGCCGGGAAUGAUCACCCACCCCGCUUCGUUGUGUGGUAGAGCACCACACACAACGUGGACGUCGAGCGGAACAGACACCCGUUAAUUUUUUUUUCUUUGCAGUUUAGGGCAUUCGAACCGAUCGGACGAAGGUUCCAUCGGUUGGCGUGAAACGCUUGCGGUUUAUUGUCGAGCAGAUGUGCGCGCGGAGUGAGCAAGACGGUUUCACGUGAAUCCUGACCUCUCUCUCCCUCGUCCAUUGGGACUUUGGCAAUGGACCCAAAUGGGCUGUGGAGAGGAAUCGGCUGACCAUAGAAUGAAUGUACGAGAAGUACAUGGUGCAGCCCUGCAAUUGCUUGCGCAACACCAUGGCUGGCUGACAUGAGGCCCUCAAAUAGAGGGUAUUUGGCCUACUCUUCCACGCUGGGCGGACAGUCUUGGAAGAGGUGGGAACUAUUAUCGAUUAUUAUUUUACCAGGUAAGGCCCACGGAGCUAUAUUAGCUAUUUUUCUGAAGCCACAAAUGCUAGCUCAACGAAGUGGCUUAUCAUCAUCACGUGGACAUUUAUAUCAGCCAAAUGCUCUAAACGCGUGACGUUGAUUCUAAAUGUGGAGGGAAACACCGGAGGACCCGGAGAAAAAUCCACGCGACCACGGGGAGAGAGAGAGAGAGAGACACGCAAAUCACAUAUACAGCAGGCGUCAAUGUCGGGAUCGAACCCACGAUCUCCUGUAUACCAGGCGAGGUAGCUAACAUCUCUCCACUGUAGCACCUCAUUUAUGCCGCUGGGUGGACAGAGAUGGCGAGUGGGGAUUUAAGAUGGGGCCCUUUGCUUCAACCGCCACGCCUGGAGAUCCGACUCCAACCGGCGGCCCUCUGAAUUGCGAGUUCACCGCGCGAAUGUUACACCCGUUGCAGAAUCGGCUUUCUUAGAACGCGGUGUGAAAUACCCUGGACAGAUGCGUCACUUGAGAUGUGUCUGGGUGACACGGGAGCAAAGUAUUUUAAAAAAAACUGUCGCGCACCCUUCCGCAAGAUAGAUUCCUUCCCACGGCUGCGUGUUCAUUUUUUUUUACUUCUUUUUUUGUUGCACCCAUCUCAAGUGUUGCUGGCGGUCACUGCGAGGCCAGUAACUCGGCCGCGUUUUAUUCCUGGACACCCAGUGGAUUAUGCGAGACCCGUGCCGCACGCGUCUUAUUUUUAGUAGGGUCUCCCUGACGCGGCGAUACUACGAUAGGGUGCCAGGUUGGGAAGGAGUGGGAACGCUGAAAUAUUAAGAAAAUAAUUAUCGCGAAGAAAAGCUAAAAUAAAAUCACUUUAUCGGUACCGAGGCGCUCCCCACAAGGCCACGCGGAAGGGUGUGGAGCGCAGUUUGGCGCCGGCUAUCAUAGAAUGCGGCGGACGUGUCGUGACAGUUCACUGCGGUGAGUAACAACGUCUAUAAAAACAACGGCGCCACUACUGCGCCUCUAAAAUCGACGCUGAACCGCUGACGCGUUCCGAAAUUCGGCGGUAAACGGGGGGGACCCACCCUGAAACACACAGAACGUAAGUGAAAAAAAUGUUGAAGCUUAAAAAAACCCCUAUAUAGCUCAGGGCGCUUUACCUGGUAUAGUAAAACAUAGUUUCGUUUAAAAAAGAGUUGAAAUGGAUAUCCAUCCGCCCAGACCAAUUAACCGCCACCCACCCAGUGCCGUAUCUGUAUAACUAAUCUUGCAACGAUGUUCACAUGACCGAGUUUAACACACGUCCACCUGUAACUCGGGUGGCCAUGUGGUCGGAUAGGCGACGUUGUAAAUGUCAGUAUGUCACCCUGGCCACGUGUCUGCCAGUGUUAAAGCCUUCUCUAAUCGCCCUACCGCAUAACCGAAAAAAAACUUUGGCCAUUUCAGGUCUUGGCUUUUGAAAGUUUAUAUAUAUAUAAAGUGAUUUCCGUAGCUAAACGGUCUUUACAUAAAUAACCACGAUGUUAAUGCCAAAAGUAUCCAACUUAGCACUUUUGGUGACGUGUAGGCGGCAUAAUAAUUUUGAAUGAGCUAAAUGUUGAGAAUUAUAUAUUGAAUUUACGUUUUGCACAAGACGCUACUUUAUUUUCCGCAGUUUGUAUCUGCUGUCGAUAUUAUCCGGAUAAUAUAUUUGCAGUGUUAACUAUAUACAUAUGGGGGGCUUAUUAAUAAUAAUAAUAAUGCUUCAUCUGGGCUGGUGGUGGGGACUUUACUUUGCUUGGUUUUCACACUCGGAAAUGCAUGCUGUGUGUUCACCAUCUGUACGCAACACUUGCACCUCCCGGUAGGAGGGGGGGGCGGGGGGUGAAAUUCGCUUUGUGUCGCCACUGAUCCUGCACCACGAGGUCUCGCCAAAGAGUUCAUGGGAUGAUUGUUUGAAAGCGUUUUUUUUGCGUAACUCUUGCGCAUCCGCAAAGCUUCGCUGAGCCUCAUGACUCCUCUUCUUCAGGACGGGUCUUGCCAGUAAGUUGGUGAUGGGGGGGGGGGCGCAAUAGUUUGCGGUGUAAAUUUUAGUUUUCCUCUCUCUCGCAAUACGGAGAAAAAUUUAGAGAUGACGACGGCUCACGAUUGCCUGCUCACUCGAACGACGUCGGUGGAUCUUAAAUUGCUUGGAGAAACGGGGAGGCGACUGCCUGUCCGUGUGUAAGUUUGGGAGGGUGCGAGAUGGCGCAGAGAAAGAGCCACACGGCCCACGGACACAGCCGACGCCACCGUCCUCGUGUCGGUCUGGGGGAGGGGGGGUAUCCCUUUCUCGACUGGGCCCCGACACGGGGAGGCGAAUUCGCACGAAACGACCUCCUCCCAGGGCAGGGCUCCCCCAAGACUCGAAGUUUGAACGUUCAGAGCGACCUCUCGAAUCGACGCCCGUGACGCCAGGCAGGGAGGGUCACAUGGCCACGCGUCCCGAGACGCCUUGACAAGCGGCAGGUGACUUCGUGGUCACUCGCCAUCCAAAACAGAAUCGGAAUGUUUAUUUUUACACGAUUUGAGUAAUUGGCGGAUAUUUUUUGUCCAAAUUUGACCGAUCGACAUUGGGAUUUUUUUUUCAUCUAACGGAGCAAAAUGAACAAACAAACCACGCAGAACCAAGGGGAAAAUCUACAACGUCACCACGCCGCCUCCUCCGCAGUGACAGCGUCCAAGCAGACGUGGCGAGGCAGCCGCCAGAUUGUCACGGCGGGCGCACACUCCUGGGAGCCAGGCCGAUGACCGGCGGUCGGCGUGAGAGGCGGAACAGAUGGAACGCGCGGAGGGAUCGGCAGUUGUCUCGUUGUCGGUGGGAAGACGGGUCGCGUGGACUCGUGGCUGAACUGUUAACGGAGGGAAUGAGUCAAUCCGCGGAGCUGUUUCCUGCGUGUGUUCGCGCUCGUCCCUCUUGCCACGGCUCUCUGUCGUGAUGUCCGCCGCGCUGUCGUUGUUCCCACGGACACGAUGUUGUCCGACGUUUCGGUCCGCGUGCUGGGAGCCUGUUCUCGGUGCCUCCAGCUCCCGAUCGGAGCUGCUGCUCGGCUAACGCGCGGAACGUCGGGACGCCCCCCCCCCGGUUGACGGAAAAAAAAACGCAUCGGAGUGAAUGACUCAAGCGGAGAGUGAACGACGCAGGCGGAGAGUGAACGACACAAGCGCAACUCUUGACUGGAUCUUGUCUGUCGCAGCUGCUAACGGCUUGCCAGAGGCGUCGUGCAUUGUAUUUCGUCUCUUUUCUUUCCACCUUUCUUCCCCGAGUGAGUCGCCGUCCUCUUUGUCUGCUUCCUAACAGUUGUGAACGUGCGUGUUGAGAAAAUAAAACCCCUUUCACAGCC